UUUUAGCGACUUUUAUUCUGAAACUUCCGGGCUCUACCGGGAAGCUGGUGUUGUUUCUCCGGCUUCACUGUGUGCAGUUUCACGUGUUUCCAUCGCUGCAUACAGAUCUAACACCAUGACACAUCUAGACGGGAUCGUGAAAGCCAAGACGAAGCGCUCCAAGCGCUUCCUGGAGAGCCGAGAGCCCAAGCUGAUCGAAGGCCUGAAGAGCAGCAUGAUCAUCAAAGGAGGAAACACCAGUGAGACGGUCUCUCAGGCGCUGAAGGACGUGUACGCGCUGAAGAAGCCCAACGCCGUGCUCUACAAGAAGAAGAACAUGGUGCGGCCGUUCGAGGACUCCACAGCGCUGGAGUUCUUCUCCAAGAAAACAGACUGUUCCUUGUUUCUGUUCGGCUCUCACAACAAGAAGAGGCCCAACAACCUCAUAUUUGGACGCAUGUUUGACUUCCACGUGCUGGACAUGUUUGAGCUGGGCAUCGAGAAGUUUGUGUCUCUGAAGGACGUGAAGAAGGACAAGUGUCCCGAGGGCACCAAACCCCUGUUAGUGUUCGCCGGGGAGCUUUUCGAGACAGACCGCGAGCAUCAGCGCUUGAGGAACCUGCUGACAGAUUUCUUCUGUGGACCCCGAGUGUCUGCGGUGCGUCUGGCCGGACUGGAGCACGUGCUUCACUUCACGGCGCUGGAGGGCAAGAUCUACAUGCGCAGCUACAAAGUGCUGCUGAAGAAGUCUGGCUGUCGCACGCCCCGCAUUGAGCUGGAGGACAUGGGGCCUUCCUUUGACUUCGUCAUGAGGAGAAGUCACAUGGCCUCAGACGACCUGUACAAGACCGCUCACAGACAGCCCAGAGGAGUGAAGCCCAAGAAGAAGAAGAACAUUUCCCACGAUGCCUUCGGCACCAGAUUCGGCCGCUUGCACAUGCAGAAGCAGAACCUGGACAAACUGCAGACGCGCAAGAUGAAGGGCCUGAGGAAGAGGAGAGGAGAGGAGACGGCAGACACAGCGGAGACGCCAGAGGCCAAAACACAGCGGACGGACGAGUGACACGGGACACACGCGUGAACCUAAUCACAACUGAAGAUCCUGCAACAACAGAGAUGGAUGGAGGAUUUCAAACAUGUUUUCAUACUUUUCUACCAGACGCGUGUGUGUGAUGUCAGGCUGUGUUGAGCAGCUGAUCCUCCAGCAGCACAGGAACAGGAAACAGACUGCAGAUGUGAUGAGAAUGAAGAGAUGUGUGUCCAGACCGUGACGCUGCAGUUCAUCUUCUGCUUGACGUACUGGAUCCACAAACCCAAAUCAAUUUGACAAUUAAACAGUUAUUUUCCCUGCAAAUGUAAUGUUCUGACCUGAUGAAAUUUAAUUUAGAUUUUAUUAUAAAAUAAUAAAAUGGCAAACACAAAAAUGUUACAAACCAUGUUUAAUUCAUAUCCUAAGCUUGUCAUCUCUAUGUUAUGUUUGUUUUUCCACUCACACUCCUUUUUUUAUAGGCUCUAGUGGCUCUAGAGUUUGAAAUUCUGCUGUGAGAGAUGCAUCUAUACUCAGGAUUUAUAGCAGCCUGAUCAUGUGUUUAUUUACACAAUUACACUUGAUUGUUCACUCGUCGGUUCAUAAGACACUUCAGUUCAUCUGUGAUUUAUUUCUUAUGCUGAAGUGAGAAACAACACAAGGAUCAUGUUUGAGUCCAGUAGGUCAGUGAAUCUGAUGUGUUUUGUGACGUAGUUGAUUGUUUUCUAAUGUUGGCGUGAUUUGACAGCGGCGUGACGGGUGCUUAUUCUCUCAUCAAAUGAGCUUUACUGGUUUACAGUAACAUCAACCUCCAGACGUAUCACUGUUCACACAGCUCACAGCAUAAAUGGAUCAAACAGAUUUGAAAUUAUGGCAUGACAUUAAAAAACAAUUAACUACUAAUGAGACUGGAACUGUAUGACCCUUGUGUUGUUUCUCGCUUCAGUAUAUAAGGGAUAAUCAAUGGUUUGCUGCGCAUUAAAGGAUUUUAAAUGCAUGAUGUGGAGGCAUAGAAAACUGCAAUUUUACCACCUCGUUGCUGAGGAAUAUAAUGUAUCAAUCUAGUAUCUAGGCUAUUUUAUUGACAAAAAACACAGAGAAUUGUUGGCAGCAACUCUAUACGUGUGUGCAGGGCAAUCUGUGAUUUCCGACCUCUCUCUCUGUGUGUGUGUGUGUGUGUGUGUGCAUCAACUAAAGCAGCGUAUUAACACAGUGCGGUGAUUAAACUGAUUUGGAACUACCUGUGCAUUAAACGUUUUUUCUGCAUACCUGCCAGACAAUCAGAACCCAGUAUUCAGACCGUGGAAUAAGAUGAAAGAAAUCACAGCUCAACUGAAGCGUCUUAUUAACUGAGGAUGUUUACUGUUUGUUUUGCUGACAACCCAAUGACUUAGCAGAAAGACCGAAAUCUGCUCAUGAAUAAAGUCCCAAACGUAGGUUUGGGAGGAGCCUAAUCAUUCAGGCCUGUCAAUCAUCAUUACAAGCUUAUAUAGUCAGCACUCAUCGCACUGUCCCAGUGUCAAUUUUUCCAGCAUCCCUCCACCUCCCCAGCUCCUCCUCUAUUUCUGUUAUUCUCCC